AUGAAUAUGCAAGAUUGGGCCCGUGCUUUCCCUCGGCCCCGACACACUCGUGUCAUGAAGCCCCGUAGUGCCGGAAACAGCCCCUCGUCGUCGAUGGCCAGGAGAAGGACAACCGUCGCCCAAAGUGCCAUGAAUGGCUCAUCGAAUCAGUACUGGUCUUCUUGGGAGGCUGCUAUGCUCGCCUCCGCCGCCCGGAACUCACGACCGAUCAGCUGGCAUCCAUCCUCGGUCAGGGCUCGAGGUCUUUCAAAUCCGACAUGUGGCCCUAACUAUGCCUCGGAGAACUAUGCUCCCAUGGGCGCCUUCCCCGAUCAAUCAAUGGAUGGCUAUCCGGUUUACACCAACGACAACAUGAUGUCUUAUCCCGUCUCAGCUGGCCCGACUUGUUCGCCUGGCUAUCUUUCCUUGUAUCCCGAGAUGCACAAUCCCAUGCCUCUCUCGCAGCAGACAGCAGCACUAUCAAUGCCCGGCUCGCAGGUCGAGCCCAUGGCAUGGGAUGUCGCCGCAACCAACAUGGAUAUGUCCAACAUGACCCAGACUACAUCUGAUGGCUGGUCGCUGGAUAUGCUAUCCAUGGCAAACAUUCCUCCUGCGGAGACAACUUGUCCUAGCUACGCCAAGCAGAAGAAAGAUAAGGCUGAAGAGGAGCUUGUCGGAAUGGGACUGUACAGCCAACCUGAUGGCUCGCGGAUUCAAGCCCGGCAAGGAUCCCUUGGAAAGGGCCUCAAGCUCGAGGAGACAUUUUCGCCAUCCGACGAUGAAAAGGACAAUGGUUCCGCCGAUGGAGCCGAUGUCAACGAACAAUUUCAAUUGAGCGCCCCCCAAGAAAUGGCGCCCGUUUCGCAUGCCUCCAAUUUCUCCGCUCCCAAGCAGCCAUCCAAGCACGCUAUGAACCUUCUUCACAGGUCUUUCUUUUUUGACCACGACGACCUCGACCAGCAAGCGAUGACUGCAGCGCAGCCCUUCGCCAGCCUCAACCAGCCAUGCAUGAACUACGGAUAUGGUUGGAUCUAA